CGGCGAUCAAAGAGGGAGAUCCGUUGAUCAGAGAUCAAGAAUCAAGAGAGAGAAAAGAAGAGAGAGAUCAUCAACCGAGAAGGAGGAGGAGAAGAAGAAAAAUGGCGAAGAUCCCAGUGAAGAUGAGGGCGGUGGUGUACGGGCUGUCCCCGUACCAGCAGAAGACGAUGACGGGGCUCUUCAACGAUAUCUCCGGCAAGCUCCACCACAAGAUCACCGAGAACUGGCUCAGCGCCACCCUCCUCAUCGGUCCCCUGGUCGGCACCUAUGGGUACGUUCAACACUACCAGGAGAAGGAGAAGCUUGCCCACAGGUACUGAAGUUCAUCGUGCCUCCCUGAACUUACUAUUCAAGUAGUUCCAUUGGAGGUCGUUUGAAGCUUGCAAACUUUAGUGCACGUCGGAUGACAUUUUCUGAUUCGUCGUUUUGAAUAAUUUUUUGAGUGGAGACUCAUCUGUGUAGUCCAUAUACUUUUGCCUCAUUCUUUAUGGAAGUUUAAUAUUUAGACGGUUUACCUUUGAACUCUUUUAAUGGGUAUGUGAUUUCGAUUA